CCGUCGAGAGAAGAUGUUGUAGUCACCAGUCGGAGGUAGACAACCACACAUUGAUCAAUUGACCGUUGGUUCGUUCGGUGCUUUUUUUUAGUUCGAAACCUCAAAACCCAGUCGGUAUAUCGGUGUAACAAGUCUAGACGAAGCGAUAGGGCUACCUGCUGUGAUGUGAGGAGAUCAUAGAGACAUCCAUUGGUGUUCAUCUGCUCGGGGUGGAGAAGGAAGAAUAUAUCAGUUCAAAAGUUGCCGUCAAAGGCUGCGGGUUCAAGUGGUUGGUUUUGGGAAGGAGAAGAUUUAUAAAAAAGUGUAAAAAUCAAAGAGUUAAGCCCUCAAGAAGGCAAAAAUACGUCAUCGGUGGGGUGUUUGUGAGUGAAAAACGAAAUAAGAUAGGUGGAAACAAGCUAAACAGCUGUGAAUUUAAGUUUAUUGGAAUAAAGCGAUUUAUCAAAACUGUCAAUGCAGAGGAUACAGUCCGCCGAAUAACGAGAACGAGAUUGCUGAAAUUGACAAGAGCCGACGGUUGUUAGGAUUGCUUUCAGAAAUUGAUAUCAAUACAAUGAAGACCGAAUUCAAAUCCUGCGGCGGUUGUUCCGAACAAAUCACGGACCGGUACCUGUUCGAGGUUAGCGGCUGCACCUGGCAUGGAUCCUGUCUGCGAUGUAGCGUUUGUUACUGCUCCCUGGAACGGCAAGCCUCCUGCUACUUCAAGGAUGGCGAGGUCUACUGCAAAACCGACUAUAUCAAAAAAUACAAAACCAGUUGCGCCAAGUGUGCCCGGUCGAUUUCGCCCUCGGAUUGGGUCCGGAGGGCGCGGAAUUUCGUGUUUCACCUGGCGUGUUUUGCGUGCGAUUCCUGCGGUCGGCAGCUCUCGACGGGGGAACAAUUUGCCAUCAUCGACGAUCGGGUGCUGUGCAAGACACACUACAUGGAGCUGAUUGAUGACGGAACGGCCUCAAGUGAGGACGGGUGCGAUGCGGAAGGUAACGGCAAGAACAAAACCAAGCGGAUCAGGACGACAUUCACCGAGGAACAGAUUCAGAUACUGCAGGCCAACUUCCAGAUCGAUAGCAAUCCGGACGGGCAGGACCUGGAACGGAUAGCCCUGGCAACGGGACUGAGCAAGCGGGUCACGCAGGUCUGGUUCCAAAACUCGCGGGCAAGGCAGAAAAAGCACGGUGAGAAUCCUUUCCCCUUCAGUAGUGCGGAAAUGCGUGAUACUAAUCAAUUUGUGUCGUUCGCAGUUCCCCGUGGCCAGGAGCUGUUCAAUGGGCUUCGAUCGGAUCUGAACAACAACAGCAGCAGCAACGACAGCCCCGGCGGAACCCCGAUGAGCGAGGAUUGUGCCCUGUCCAAGGCGUCCAUCUUCAACCACCACGGGUUCAUUAAUUUGAUGGUGUGACAUGAGGCCUCCGCCGGACACCACCCGCCCCACUUGGGUGGCCACGAACAUGCACAGCAGCAGGUCGGCUAUUCUUGAGGAAAGCCAACCCUCGGAGAUGGGAAUGGAUGGGUCCUGAUGAUGCCCUAAAUGUUCUCAAAAGAAGGCCAAAGUCAAUGCCCGGCGCUAAAACGCACAUCUCGGGAAAUGCGCCCACCGAAAGUUACCUAAUUUUCUCCGUUUGCCGAUCACCCCGCGGGAAAAUACCUACAAAGUGGGAAUCAGAGAGCAGAUCGACUUUCGGAAUGAGAGACUCACCGCGCCGUUGCAAAAAAAAAGCUCGAUUUAUUUCGAUUGCUCAGCCACUGUUACAGAGUUUUGUGUGAACGUACGUUUUGUGAUGGUUUCCAAAUACCCCUAACUAAUUUAUUUCUGACUAGAAGAUGACAAAACUUGGUGCUUAGCAUAAACAUGCUUCUUAAAUUGUACAGUCUCGGCUAAACUUUCCAAUUGUGUAAAUACGAUGUAUAGGAUUUAUAAUAAUAAAGUACAGCAAAUGGUGAGCUGUAGUAUCAGUUCACUUAGACAAUUCACUGAGAAUGUA